AUAUUCUAUUGUUCUCAAACUCGCCCAACGUGACAUUAUGUCCUUCUCAACAAUCUACACUGAUUCUGAUUCCUAUGGAGUUCUGGUCCAACUAAAAAGAUGCUAGGCCAGGGCUUCGAAGCUAGCGCUCAUCACUUGGGGCGUGUUGGAGACUCUCAAGCUCUACUACCAGCCUCCAUCCAGGUUUUCAGAUCCUUAGCCGGCUUGAUGAGCCGUCAUUUGCCGGUCAAUCAGUUCAAGCAUAGAUGUCAAUAUGCACGUUGCGAAAUCUUCAGCUCUCACUCACAACCUUUUGCAUCCAUACUAUACAUGCCGCAGUAUUGGGGCACUCAUUUGGCACAUUCAUUUGAGAUACGACUCGAUCGCGCCAUUGAUGAAGUUCUCUCACGCCGCAUUAAUCUUCAGAGCUACUGACGCGUACCUCGAGCAACGAGGAAGUAGGUAUCUGAAUCAGCCACACUACAUAUCGAGAUACCGCGUGGCAAGCGUUGGGUGCGGAGAAGUGGGUAUGGUUGUCAACCCGCACUUGUCCGAAAGGAUUACGAGAGGAAGACCCUCAACGGUUCCGGUACUUCCGCGUUGGCCUCUGUAUGUGCCUGUGCGCAUGCAAAGUUGUCUGUGUCUAAAGCGCCCGAGGCCAAAGAAAACUGUGAUGUGCGGCGAUCGUAUGAGCGUGUCAGUGUGCCUGAGCCGAACAGCGGCAUUCAUUACACUGCGAUUAGCAAGAAGUUUGAGCUUCAACAUGGAUAGAGCUGAAUCAGUCCCAUAUGCACCCCGGUCGAGUCGCUGGGAACCUAUGCGCACCGACCACAAAAGGCGAUGCAGAACAUCAGCAGUUGACGGAGAUGACCACGUUGCUGGAGAGUAUGGUGUCGACGAAAAGAAAGGAACCGAAGCGGUCUAUCGGGAUCCGAGACCAGGAGGUGCAGGAACGAGUUCCGAACCAGUCGGGUCAGACGUGUACAUGCUGAUGAACGGUUUCUGGAUUGCCCAAUCCAUUGCCGGGGAAACCCAGAAAAAUGGCAAUAAAGCCAACCAAGCGUCAGGGGACCAGAACCCCCGAAGGGGUAAGACACCCUCCAGCAAGUCGCCCUGGCGCCACGAGGAAUGGGCUGAACGGGUGAGGCUGGUCGGACAGAGGUGAAAUUGAGGCCAUCGCAAUCAGAACAUGAAAAGGGAUGC